CUGGCGAUGUUGUUUAUGCUACUGCUUUCUAAUUGCUGAUUCGUUUGGUGUUAAUUGGUUAAUUUUUAUCUGAUCUUGGCUUCGGAUAUUAGUGUGGUUUUGGUUGUGAUUCGGAUUCAUUGUUGUGCACUGACUUGAGGAGUAAGAGCAAUCGUUUGCCGGUGCAUUUUCUUAAAGAAGAAUAAACAAAAACAAAUCGUAAUUUUUGCAGGACUUCCGCCAAUUGAUUGUGAGCUGGUCACUGUUGGCGGAUGGAGCAGUAUGAAAAGGUUGAGAAAAUUGGUGAGGGAACCUAUGGCGUUGUAUACAAGGCUCGUGAUCGCAUAACUAAUGAAACCAUUGCUCUGAAAAAAAUAAGACUAGAGCAGGAAGAUGAGGGAGUUCCAAGCACAGCUAUUCGUGAGAUUUCUCUCUUGAAAGAGAUGCAACAUGGAAAUAUUGUUAGGUUGCAGGAUGUGGUGCAUAGUGAGAAGCGACUGUAUUUGGUAUUCGAGUACCUGGAUUUAGAUUUGAAGAAACAUAUGGAUUCCUGUCCCGAAUUUUCUCAGGAUCCCCGUCUGGUUAAAAUGUUUCUAUACCAAAUACUACGUGGAAUUGCCUAUUGUCAUUCUCAUCGUGUUCUGCAUCGAGAUUUAAAGCCCCAAAACUUGCUGAUAGAUCGACGGACUAAUGCACUAAAACUGGCAGACUUUGGAUUGGCCAGAGCAUUUGGCAUUCCUGUCAGGACAUUUACUCAUGAGGUUGUAACCCUGUGGUACAGAGCCCCAGAAAUACUGCUUGGUUCACGCCACUAUUCAACUCCUGUGGAUGUGUGGUCUGUUGGUUGUAUCUUUGCAGAGAUGGUAAACCAGCGAGCAUUGUUUCCUGGAGACUCUGAAAUUGAUGAACUAUUUAAGAUUUUUAGGGUUAUGGGAACCCCAAAUGAGGAUACAUGGCCUGGAGUGACAUCUCUGCCUGAUUUUAAAUCAGCAUUUCCCAAAUGGCCAUCCAAGGAUCUGGCCACCGUGGUUCCAAAUCUUGAUUCAGCUGGCAUUGACCUACUUGGUAAAAUGCUUCGGUUAGAUCCAGCCAAAAGGAUCACCGCCAGAAGUGCUCUUGAGCAUGAGUACUUUAAGGAUAUUGGAUUUGUCCCAUGAUAUGACCGGCCCCUCAUCCUGAUGCAAAUGUAUAUUGGUAUGUGCUAUCUAUGAGGUUCUAAUGUAUCAGACAAGAAAUGUGUGAUAUGCAGGUGAUUAUAUCUCCUUGUUUUUGAUCUAUCGGUGUAACUCAAUUUCAUUGGAGCAGUUCUGGACACAGCACGUAUGGAACACAUACAGUUGCUGGUACCUUCACUUGCUCACAUGCUAUUAUUCGUGUGAUUGUGUCAAUUUUCCCUUUCAUCUUUUAUUUGGUUUUGUUGCAACACUGCACCCAUGUAAGACUCGUUGGCUUUGGUCCUCGUCCUCUUUAUUGACAAAUUAAGAUGGUGUGCAA